AGGCGUUGCCUGCAAAUAAGCAGAGGUUAGGGGCGGCAGGCAAACACAGGCAGAAGAUUGGUGGUUCCUUCCACACUUAACUGUCCGUUGGGAUUGAUUUAUCGUCGUUGAUUUGCCUUGACAACCGAUCCAAAAUGGAAAAGAGCAUUGAGCGCUGCUUGUCCGAAACGUGUUCGAUGGACGGUGUUAUUGGAAGUGUUCUUGCUGACCAGCAAGGACUUUGUCUUGGAGUCAAAGGUAAAGCUAGCAUCAGUAGCUCUGGUGUUAUCACUGCCAUCGCAGACCAGGUAGCAAAAUUGGAACCGGCUAGCAAGAACCCCAUCAUUGUGUUAGAGAAUGACACCAACCAAUGUUUGAUACAAAGAGCAGAUAGGGCAACAGUAGCUAUUUUCAAAACUAGCAAUCCAGUGAACUGAUAAUUGUAAUAUUGUCUACAUAAACUUUUUUUUAUAUAUUGUUCAUUAAAGACCUUUAUAUUUUUACUCUGUAUCCAUAAAUUUGUAAAUAAAAUUUAAAAUGAAUGCA